UUUGCUAAUUGCUAUUACCACUGUUCUCCCUCACCUCACCUACUUCAGUUGUCAUUUUUAAUACAAAAAACUGUCUAUUUUUUGGCCCAUCUUCAUUCACUGCUUCUUUCUUAUCCCUUUUCUUGAUAGUUUGUUGGACUAAUUGUAUAAAGAUCCUGUUUCCUGGUCAGGUGGUCUAAUUGUUUGGUGCUAUGGAUUUCUUGGCAACAUCUGAGGGCCAAUUGGUUGUUGGUGUUGCUGUUGGUCUUAUUGCUAUUGGUGCUGCAUACUUCUUGUUCUCCUCCAAGAAGCCCAAAGUGUGCUUGGAUCCUGAGAAUUUCAAGCAGUUCAAGCUUGUCAAGAAAACACAACUCAGCCAUAAUGUGGCAAAGUUCAGAUUUGCUCUUCCUACACCCACUUCUGUAUUGGGCCUUCCCAUAGGACAACACAUAAGCUGCAGGGGUAAGGAUAGUCAAGGUGAAGAGGUCGUUAAGCCAUACACUCCGACUACGUUGGAUUCUGAUGUUGGAUACUUCGAGCUAGUUAUCAAGAUGUAUCCACAAGGAAGAAUGUCUCAUCAUUUUAGAGAAAUGCGUGAGGGUGAUUAUCUGGCUGUGAAAGGACCAAAGGGUCGUUUUAAGUAUCAACCAGGCCAAGUGAGAGCAUUUGGAAUGCUUGCUGGAGGCUCUGGAAUUACACCAAUGUUCCAGGUUGCCAGAGCAAUUCUUGAAAACCCCAGUGACCAAACAAAGGUCCAUCUAAUUUAUGCUAAUGUGACAUAUGAUGACAUUCUGCUAAAGGAGGAAUUGGAUAGUCUUGCUAAAAACUACCCUCAGAGGUUCAAAGUUUACUAUGUACUCAAUCAGCCUCCUGAAGUGUGGGAUGGUGGCGUCGGUUUCGUCUCAAAGGAAAUGAUCCAGGCUCACUGCCCCCCACCGGCCUCUGAUAUUCAGAUUCUGAGAUGCGGCCCGCCUCCAAUGAACAAGGCCAUGGCUGCGCAUUUGGAUGCUAUCGGAUACACUGCUGCGAUGCAAUUCCAAUUCUAACUUGGCACCUGGUUUUGUUCUAUUCUUGGGGAAAGUUACUUUCGAUUCGGACGCUGCAAUAUUAGGAUGUCUUUUCCCUUCCAUUUUUCAACAACGAUUCAAUGUCAAGACAUCGUUACCAAAUUGUAAUAAUCGAUUUCCCCAUAACGAAGUUGGUUAAUUCUCAUGGAAAACUUUUGUUUUGUAACAUUUUUAAUCUAACAGUUGCUACAGGUGUUGUGCUGUCUUUAAUUUGGAUAUUUCAUUCUGGGACUUGGAGUUUCA